AUGGAUAAAAUGACUAUCAUGCUCUCUGUUUUGACUUCCUAUUGUGUCUUAGUUUGUGGAUUGAAUACAACACUUACCACAACGACAGCGGUGCAAUCCAUUCCGCCUCUGGGAACAUCAACUGGCAAGGGAUUGAAUAUGACAACUGUGUUAAGGGCUAACGAUACUUUAAACGGAUCAACAAAUACAACGUCUACAUCCGAACAAACAACCCCGUCUGCGACUGUAACCAAAGUACCAAAGUUAACAACUACACCUGCGACUACAACCGAACAGACUACGAAUCUGCCUUAUGAAGGCGCUUUGACAGAGACUGAAGAAUUGGCUAUCAUCCUUACGGCAGUUGUUAUAGGAACAGCAGUAGCUAUCGUACUCGUAGCCUUAAUGAGUCGCUAUUUUCUGACAAGUAAGACUCUAAGCCAGGAACAGAAACAGAAAUUUAAGCAGGGGUCGAUAUCUAAUGGAUUACCGGCAUUCAAUUUAGAAAUGGCCGACUACGAUAAUGUCCAAACGGAUAAUCAGUAUCCUUCGACUUCUUCGGGAUCUGGUCGAUGA